UAAAAUACAUAAGAAAUGCAAUUAAAUUUUAAAAUUGUGAAUGGUAACCGAAGUACAAUUAGCAUAUGGUUGAAUGAACCGGUUCACUUAACCGAAGUUUAUGACCAUUUCCCAGCCAUUGUCUAUGGCCUCAGGCCCAAAACCUCAUUUAUCAUUAUUCUUCUUCUUCUUCUUCUUCUUCUUCUUCUUCUCCUACCAUAAACCCUAAUUUUGGGGGGCUCUGCACAAUUUGCAGAUCCGAUUCUGUCUACUAGUAAUCCAAAGAGAGAAUUUGUAAUCCAUGACAUCGAAUUUUAUGAAAUUCAGCAGUCAAAUUAUCGGCAAAUUCACCCGUGUAACUAGCUUACCAGCUCAUCACACUGAUUUGGUUCAAAGGGUUUCGAUUUUAAAAGACGAGCUUUUAACGAUUGGUAAUAGUAAGGAAAAGUUCCAAAACGUUUUGGAUCAGAAAGGGCAAUGGUUGUUUAAAAGUUAUCGUGAUGGUGCUGGGAUCUUGGAGCUUAUGGAUCAACUCUUUCCUCGUCAUUACUUAGCUCUUCAGGUUUUAGAGUGGAGGAGAGGGCAGAAGGAUUACUGUAUCCCUUUGACAUCGGAGGAGUAUGCGAAAGGAAUCAAAAUUGCGGGUCGAGCUAGGGAUAUUAACCUUGCAGUCUAUCUUUUCGAUGAGGCGGCUAAGAAACGAAGUCAGACUGCUUCAGUUUACAAUGCUUUGAUGAGUGUUUACAUGUGGAACGGGCUUGCUGAUGAAUGUCAGUCGCUUUUUAAAGAUUUCAGGAGGCAAACGCAUUGUGCUCCGACCGUUGUGACCUAUAAUAUUCUAGUAUCUUUUUAUGGUAGACUUCUGAUGGUAAAGAAUAUGGAAGCAGCUUUCGAAGAAUUACAAAAACUGAAGCUUUCUCCCAAUUCUGUCACUUACAACUUUCUGAUUGCUGGUUACAUGACUGCCUGGAAUUGGGAUAAAAUGGAAGCUACUUUUCAAGAAAUGAAGAGGGGUCUAGUUGAGCCAGAUACAGAUACUUAUCAGCUAAUGCUUCGUGGGUAUGCAAAUUCUGGGAAUUUGAAUAAGAUGGAAGAAAUGUAUGAAGUGAUUAAAGAUCAGGUUGGUGUAAACAGUGGUCCUUUGGUCAGAGCGAUGAUCUGUGCAUAUUGUAAGAAAGCUGUUGAGGAUAGAGUCCAAAAGGUUGAAAAUUUAUUGAGUCUUCUCUCUGGGGAGGAAUAUCUUCCUUGGUUGAACGUGCUUUUGAUUCGACUAUAUGCUCAAGAAGACAUUGUGGAAGCAAUGGAGAGUAAAAUCAACGAGGCAUUUGAGCAUAAGACAUGUGUUAAUAAGUCAAGUAUUAUGCGGGCAAUCAUUGCAGCUUACUUCAGGUUUAAUGAAGUUGACAAUCUUGCUAAUUUCGUCAAGCGUGCUGAGUCUGCUGGGUGGAAACUAUGCAGAUCUCUCUACCACUGUAAGAUCAUGAUGUAUGGAUCCCAAAAACGUUUUGAAGAAAUGGAAGGUGUUGUAAAUGAGAUGGCAGAGACUAACUAUGGGCUUGUGACUAAAACGUUCGCCAUUAUGUAUAAGGCUUAUAAAUCAUGGAAUGAAUUCUCCGGAGCUGCUGAGCUCGAUUCUCUGUCCGACAUUAAUUCCGGCGCCGGCGCAGGAGCUUCUUUUAUUUCUUCCAUUGUUGGAUCGAAAUCGAGUUUAAGAGCUCGCCAUUUGUUUCGUCUACACCCGCUUCUCCUCUUAGUUGUGAAGUCGACUCAUCCAUUUGAGAGCUAG